AUGAAGUGGAUUGUCCUCUCCCUUGCCGCAGUCGCGUCUGCGCUGCAGAGUCUGCCUCCAGUGCACUUUGAUAACACUGGUUCAGAUCAUAACAAAGGCUUUUCUUUAGCAACAACUGACCGGACCAUCUACCUGGAUGCCAAUUUCGCUAGCUGGAAGGAUCAGAAUGGAUUGACGCUGCUUCCACCAUCGGCAUCCGACUUUGCCAACACGUUUCGCGAUGAUUUACAGGAGCUGACGAACAGUUCCUGGGAGCUUCACACGGUCAAACAAUUUCCAAAACACGCGUCAGGAAUCUUCCUCGGUCGCGCAGACCAUCCACACCGGUUUACCUACGAGAAUGGACGCGAGACAGAGGAGGGAUACGAUUUGGAGAUCCAGGAUGGCAGUGUGUUUAUUCGAGGCUCCGGCGCGCGAGGUAUGUGGUGGGGGACGCGAACGCUCCUUCAACAGCUCGUUUUGACGCGCUCACCCCUACCACCCGGUCGCGUGGAGGAUGCCCCGGCCUAUGCGACUCGGGGAUUUCUGCUAGAUGCUGGUCGAAAAUGGUAUUCGUUGGAGUUUUUGAAAGAUCUGUGCACGUAUGCCUCGUUCUUCAAAAUGUCCGAGUUUCAGUACCAUGCGACUGAUAACUACCCACUGAGUCGCGGUCAUAACGAGACCUGGAACGAGGUCUACUCGCAAUUCUCUUUGCACCCUGAAAGCGAGGCUCUUCACCCUCUCGUCCAGCGUGCCAACGAAACGCUGUCCCGGGCAGAGUUUGAUGACUUCCAGCAUCACUGUGCCCAGCGAGGUGUGACAGUGAUGCCGGAGAUUGAAAGCCCCGGGCACUGUCUCACGGUUACGAAAUGGAGACCUGAGCUCGCAUUGCACUCGAAGGAUCUGCUCAAUCUUUCCCAUCCGGAUACCGUUCCUUUGAUGAAGUCAAUCUGGGCCGAGUUCCUUCCUUGGUUCCAUACAAAGGAGGUGCACAUCGGCGCUGAUGAGUACGAUCCUGAAUUUGCGGAUGACUAUGUUGAGUUCGUGAACGAGAUGUCUCGCUUUGUGCAAGAAACAUCUGGCAAAACUGUCCGUAUUUGGGGAACAUACGAGCCAUCAAACCUUACGAUUGAUAAGGAUGUGAUAAUUCAACAUUGGCAGUAUGGACAGUCAGACCCGGUUGAUCUAGCCCGCAACGGCUACCAAGUCAUCAACUCUGAGGAUUGGUGGGCAUAUAUGUCGCUGAAAAGCAAUCAUGUGCCUAUCAGCCCAGCCCCAUACCCUCAGUUCUUCAACAAUUCCCGCGUUCUCAAUUUUGCCGAUAGGGAUGGGUGGCAGUGGACGCCAGAGCUCUUCAAUCCGGUGAACAAGACUGAACAGCCGGAUGCCAAAGCUGUGCCAGGUGCUCUCCUGGCUGCCUGGAAUGACAGCGGUCCAGACGCCACUACUCAACUUGAGGCCUACUACGCAAUCCGUGAUGGCAUCCCGGUAGUGGCUGCGCGGGCGUGGUCUGGUGCGCAUGGACCUCGCUUGCACGAACAAACCUUGGCUAAAUCUAUCGCAAAAUUGUCCUCUCAAGCUGUGGGGCAGAACCUCGACCGACGCCUCCCAGGAGAAAGGAGCCAUGGAGCAGGACCAUUGCUUUCAUGGUCAAGACCAACCACAAAAUCCAACGACAAUAAAUAUAAUCUAGGCUAUGGCAGCAAGGGCAUGGAUUACACCCUCCAACUAGACGUGACGGGACCUUUUUCUCUGCAGUCUUCUGAUGCGACACUUAGCUUGUCAUCGGAUGGUGAACUAACUUUUGUUUCUGAUGGAUGGCCAUACUCACUUCGCUCAGUUGCUGAGGAUGACGGCUUUGAGCUAGACCAGCCUGGACGAAUCUGGGCUAACAAGACCACUUCAAGCCAUGAGGCCGUGACUGUUCCACGCAAAUCACAGGUCACCAUCUCUACAAACGAGAUAUAUGGAAGUCGUGUCUGGGUAGAUGGUGCCUUUGUCGGCCGCUUCGAAGUCUUUAUCUAUGGCGGAAAAAAUACGGUUUUCUCAUGGAGUCAGAUGGCUUUCGUGGCACCAUUGAAUGUUUUGGAAGGCAUGGGCUUGCAACAUUUGGCUGUUUUCCAGGGUAGCAGGGAUGAUUGA